UUACCACUCCCUUUCCUGUGAGAGGAUGUGUUCUGCUGCUUUCCUUUUCUCUUUCUGUCUUCUUUUCUCCCCCACCUCCCUGCCUGCAGAGCCGGCGGUCCUGGCGAUGCCGCGCACCCCCUGAGCCAGCCGGGGUCACCCUGGCUGGUGCCAUGGCCAGGCUGCAGGCUCCAUCCAGGAGGCGGCAGGGACAGUAGCCAGGGGGUCUCGGAGCUCACCCGCGGGCUGGGAGGAGCCGAGAGUGGCAGAACAGCCCCCAAAACACGACCCAACGCCGUCCGCCGUGUAUGAGGCUGGGACACAGUGCACAGGACCCGCGGCCACAGAGUCACAACUUCCGAUGUCCCGGCAUGAGACCUCUCCGACCACGGUGCAACCUGCCAGCAACCACCGCCCCAACGCCUGCUGCUUCUGCUGGUGCUGCUGCUGCAGCUGCUCCUGGAACGAGGACCGAGAGCGAGCAUGGAGGGCAUCCCGGGAGACCAAACUGGAGAGCAUCCCAAACUGUGAAGCGUGUGCCAAACCCACGCCAGAGGAGGUGCAGGGCUGGGCACAGUCCUUUGACAAGCUGAUGAAGAGCCCGGCGGGGCGCAACGUCUUCCGGGAGUUUUUGCGGACUGAGUACAGCGAGGAGAACAUGCUCUUCUGGCUGGCAUGUGAGGAGCUCAAAACCGAGUGCAACAAGCACACCAUCGACGAGAAGGCCAGGAUGAUCUACGAGGAUUACAUCUCCAUCCUCUCUCCCAAGGAGGUGAGCCUGGACUCGCGGGUGAGGGAGGUCAUCAACCGGAAGAUGCAGGAGCCGUCCUCGCACACCUUCGACGACGCACAGCUCCAGAUCUACACGCUGAUGCACAGAGACUCCUAUCCCCGCUUCCUGAACUCUGCCAUUUACAAAUCGCUGCUCCAGACCGUCUCCCACUCCUCCUCGGAGUCCUAAGGGCACCCACUAGCCAUGGGGACACCAGUGGGGACGUGGUGGCCAGGGGCAGUCGGUGCCUCGUCCCCUCUACCGCCCUCCUUGCCAGACCUCACC